GCUCAUUUUUCGUUUUUUUUUUUAUAUAUUUAUGCAGACACUCUCUAGAAAGGAGUGGGGAAAUUUGCACACGGUCCCUUAGAAACGCUGUGGACCAAUCAGAGCGCAGGAAGUUUUGUUUCCGGGAGUGUUUGGUGAUGUGGCUCUGCUCUGACAUCCAUCCGAGGAUAUAUAUCACAUAGAUACAUUCACCUGAGAAGCACUCGUACAGUGCCAUCUUUAUGUUCAGCCGUCUGGCCACGGUCCUCCAGGAGCUCUCUGGGGAGGAGGGUCCAGAUGGAGAUCCGCAGGGCAUGCUGGUGCCUCAGCUCCCUGCCGGUGAGGGCUCGGCUCCAUCCGAGUCUGAGGCCCCUCCUGAGGAGGCCAUGGAGAGGCUGGCUCACCUGGAACAACUGGUGGUCCAGCUGAAGGAGUUCAUCCGAGACAAAGACACUGAGCUGUCUAAGAAAGAUGCACAGCUCAAGAAUGAGAAAGACGAAGCUGAGGCCCGCUUCACCAAACUCAAACUGCAGGCCAAAGCCAAGAUGGUUUCACUCAGCAAGCAGAUAACUGAGUUGAAAGGACAAGGAGGAGCACCGCAGAGUCCAGACAGCUCUUUUACAGGAGCUGCAGUCGAGGAGGAGCUCCAGGAACUGAAGAACAAGCUGAGUGAGGAGGAGGCCAACAGCAGAGAGCUCCAGCAGCGACUCCAGACCACAGAACAGCUCCUACAAGGGAAGGAGUCCGCACAUGCUGAACAGUUGUGUAAACUGCAGGCUGUGGUCUGUGAGAAGGACGUGCGUUUCCAAGAACAGAUCCAGAAACAUGAAGAAGAGCUGCUGAGGGUCACAACGCAGUCUCAGAGUAACAGCGAGCUUCAGCAGGCGCUGCAUGCAGCACAGAGGCGUGGUGAAGAGCUCGAGGAGGCCUUUAGUUCUCGCUCCCAAGUGCUGGAAAUGCUGCAGCAGGAAGUGAGCAGUGCUGAUCAGCAGAAACAGAUCUUGACCGCUCAGUUCCGGCAGAUGGAGCAGGAGCUGGCCGAGGCCGUGAAGCAGAGGGAGGAGGAGAGGCAGCGGUGGACCGAACAGGCCAGCAGGGCCGACGCGGAGGUCGCAGCCCUCCGAUCCAGCCUGGAGGACCUUGAGAUGGAGAGAACGGAGGUGGCGAGGCAGGGGGGCGAGCUGGCCUCCCUGAGAGAGGCGGCGCAGGAGGCUCUGGAGAAGGAGAAGAUGGACGUCGCCAGAUUGGAGAGAGAGCUGGCUCUGAUGAAAGAGGCCGAGCUCGCAGCCGUCCAAGCGAGCCGCGAUGCUUCAGAGAGCGACAAGGCGGAAAUAGUUCGGCUUGAAGGUGAGCUUGCAUCCGUGAGAGAGGCGGUUGUCCAUGCCAGCCAGGACGCCUCAGAGCGGGAGGGGUCUGAUAAACUAGAGCGAGAGCUGGCUUCACUUAAGAAGGAACAUGAAGACGCCCAGAAAAAGGGUGAGAUCUUGGCCGAAGUUUGGAGACAUCUACGUUCUCUGGCUCUGGAAGAAGCAGCAGAAGAAGAAGAAGAAGUCCCCGUCCCUGCUGACCUCUCCCUGAUCCUGGAAUCUGUUCAGUCUAUUGAGACUCAACUGACGAGGCUGAAAGAUGAACGCGGUGAGAGAGAGGAACAUUGUGCCGAGCUCACCAACACCAUGGAAACCCUGCAGGAACAACUCUACAGAAAAACCACAGAACAGGAGGAAACCACUGCCAAGAUACAACAGCUGGAGCACCAAAUUGUAACGGCGUCUCAAAGCGAUGAUGUGACUGAACCUUCCACUCAGGAUUCAUCUGAAGCUAAAAAAGCGCUCAUACUGGACCUGGAGCAGCAGCUUCUAGAAAAAGACAAUGAGCUGGUGGCCUUGCGAGAGUCCCUCAGACUGGCUGAAGAGCACCGCUCCAGUGGGGUUGCAUCAUGUGACGACCAGACUCCAGAUCAGGAACAGGAUGCCGGUACGGCCCCCCAUGACAGCUCUGCGUCCCUCCCUGACUUCAUGGACGACACACAAGAAGAGGAGACCACCUUAGUUGCCGGGGACACCUCAGUCCUCUCCAUGUCUGCUGAUAACGAGAGCAGCCCAGAGCUGAUUGGACACCAGUCUGAAGAAUCUAAAGGGACGUCCUCAGACGAGAUGGUGGCCAGUAGUGAUUCAGAGGUGGCCCACAGCAGCUGGACUCUCCUGGAGGCUGUUAAUCAAGACGGAGGCCAGGAGUGGCCGUCCCUCCUGCAGGACUUUGGCCAGUUGCAGCUGCAGUCGUGGGAGGCGACGAGCAUGGAGCAGGAAACCUCCACAGUUCAAGUUGAGUCGUCCUCCGUCAUCAUCCGAGAGACGGUACAAGUUCAUGUAACUCAGCAGAGCACGGAUGGCGGCGACGUGCCCUCUGGCCAGGUCUUCGCUCAGGCGUUAGCUGAGGAGCUUCAGAAGAGGUACAGCGAGCUUCUGGCUGAGCUUCAGAGGCUCAGAGAUGCAGCGGCAGAGUCACAAGAGAAAAUCAAGAUCCUGGAAGAAGAAACACAGUCUCUUACUGCUGCCAAAGAAGAGGCAGAGUUCCAGGCGAAUAGUUUUACAGAGGAGUUUAAAUCAGCCAGAGAGGAGCUGGACAAGCUCUCUCAGCAAAGCAGCUCUGGGGUGGAGAAACACAGUGUUGAAAUGCAGCUUCUAGAAGAGCAGAUCGACAUUUUAAGUGCUGAUAGUAAAACUAAAGAAGAGAAGAUCCAGGCGCUGCAGGAAGAUCUGGAAACAGCCCGCCAGGCUUUCUCCGAUCAGGAGGUGCAGGCCAGGAUGCUGAGCGCUCAGCUGGAGAACAGAGAGCUCCUCUCCUCCGAGCUGGAAAGGAGGCUUCAAGAUAUGGAAACCAGCAUGUUGGAGUACUCUCAGACGUCAGAGCUCAACAACGACACUCUGUCGAAGAAGGACACGGAGAUCAGCGAGCUGCAGGUCUGCCUCAGCCAAAAAGAGCAAGAGGUGAUGGAGCUCAGUGACAGCAUGUCAGCUAAACUCCUCCAGGCAGAAGAAGAGAAGUUCCAGAUAGACAGCGAAGUCAGUAAACUGAAGGAGCAGAUAGUGGACCUUGAGAAAGUCAGAGGCGAGAGAGUGAGCUCUGAGGAUGUUGAAGAUGUAGGUGAUGAACUCGCUAGUGUGCGAAAGGAGAAAGGAGCGCUGGAAAAGCAACUGACAACCACGAAGAAGAAGCUGCAGGCUGCACUUGUGCAGCGCAAAGAACUCAUGAAGAAGGUUGCAGAUUUUGAGGUUGAAGCAAAGAAAUGGAAAGAGCAAGAUGAAACUCCAGAGGUAGAACAAUCUAGUGGACGUGAGAUUCAGGAAAUGGAGGCUAAACUUGCCGAACUCGAGCACGCUUUAAGAUCCAAAGAAGAAGCAGUCGAGACUCUCGAGUUGAAAAUAAGCGAGCAGGAUCAACUUCUCGCUGAGACGCUUGCGAUGAAUAAAAAGCUAAGUGAGGAAGCUGAAAACUCGCAGCAGGCUUCUGAAACAACCGUGUUACAUCCCCAAUCAGCUUCUCUUGAAGCAGAGUGUGAAACCCUUCAGAAGAAAGUCCAAGAGGCCCAAGAAUCUCGCAAGGAGACCAUCCGCAAAGCGAAAGAGAAAGAUAGGCACCACCGCGAACAGCUGAAGCAGCAGAAAGAAGAAUACAACGAGCUUGUGGAGCGUUUUGAGAUGCAGAGCGGCGAGCGAGACGCUCUUCUGGCUAAACUGAGAGAAUUAGAAGAAAACGCUGAAAGAGAGCUACCUCACCAAGAGAAGAAGCAACUGGCUGAAAAUGUGGUAAAGCAAGCAGCAAGUGAUUGGGUCCAGGAGGAUUGGGUGGAUUUCGCCACAUCUGACACUGAUUCAUCGCAACCACAGUCCAGCGACGUAAUCCAGCAUCCUGCAGAGCAGUCUGACGUCCUUCCUGCACAAAUGGAGGACUCUGUGAACGCUCUCCGAGGAGAGAUCCAGUCUGUGCGGACGGCUAACGCAGAGCUGGAGACGCAGCUGCAGGAAACGCACAGCAGUUUGUCACUGAAGGAGGCUGAAUUAUUAGAAAUUAGCAAAGAGCUACAAGCGCUAAGAGAAAAGGAAAGUCAGAUUGAUGCACUCUCAGAGGAAAUUAAUGAUCUCAGAGAAAUGUACCACCAGGCCGAGUCUCACGCUGAAACCCUGAAAGCCGAGAUGGAAGCAGCAGCCGAAGCAGCGUCUGCAGAUUCUACAACCUCUAUUACAACUCUUCAGGCCGAGGUGGAGGACUUCAAGCAGUUCCUUGACAGCAAGAACCAUGAAAUCACGGAGCUAAGCCAGCAGCUGAGCGAGCAGAACUCCCUCAUACACUCAAUGCAGGACACGGUGUCCCAGAAGGAUCAGGUGAUAUCGUCUUUACAGGAAGAGCUGCAAGAAAAAAACCAAAGGUUGGAGGUCGAGGUGCCACAGAAGCAAGAGGAGGAAAAAGACAGCGAGGCGAAGAUCCAGCACCUUCAACGGAAACUUCAGGCGGCUCUGAUUUCUCGCAAAGAGGCUUUAAAAGAAAACAAAACCAAGAAGGAGCAACUAGCGUCAGCUGAGACGCUCGUAGCCGAACUGCAGAAGAAGAUGGAGUCAGCGAAAGAUGAGCUGGAGAAGCUGAGAGGGGAGAGAGUUAGGCUGAUUGAUGAGGUGGACCGGAUGUUACUGGAAAACCAAAGCUUAGGCUCGUCCUGUGAGAGCCUCAAACUGGCCAUGGAGGACGUCCUGACUGAGAAAGACGCCUGUAAGAGAGAAGUGGAGCUGGCAAAAGAAGAAGCCGCUAGAACCUGCAGAGAAUGGGAGGAAAAGGUCCAAGGCAUGAAGGACGAGUACGAGACUCUGCUCAAGUCGUACGAAAACGUCAGCGACGAGGCCGAGCGAGUGAGGCGCGUCCUGGAAGCCGCCAGGCAGGAGAGAAAAGAGCUCCAGGCCCGGGUGAGGACGCACGAGGCCGGGAAGCAGGAAGCUGAGAGACAGGCGGAGGAGGCGCACAAAGAGGUGGAUUCAGUGAAAGACAAAAUGAGGAAGUUCGCCAAAACGAAGCAGCAGAAGAUACUGGAGAUAGAGGAGGAGAAUGAGAGACUGAGAGAGAUGCAGGACAAGACUGUGAUAAAACGAGAGGGCAAGGCGAUGAAAGCGCAGGUGGAGAGACUUCAGGAUGAGCUGGAGGCUUUGAAAGCGGAGUUGGAUGCGACUGUGGCAGAAAGAGAUGCUUUAGGGCAGCAGAUCGAAGAGUUGAGGGCCCAAACAGGAGAGAAAGAGGCUACUCUGCUUAGCGCUGCAGCUGUUGUAGAAGAGGUCGUCACUGCCCAGCAAUCAGACGUAAUCAUGACCAAAGCAGAGCCUGUUGAGAGUCGGUAUGAAGACAAAGAAGAGACACCCGCUGAGCGAAUAGCUGCAGUGAGUGCACCAGAACCUGAGGAAAAAGAAAAAGCAGAAAUGACUGAAAGUGUUCUUUUAUUAGAGGAUAAAAUGAGGGAGAUGGAGGCAGCUGUUAAUGCAGAGAGGGAGCGGUGGCAGGAACAGGAGGCUAGACUCAAAGCUGAGCUGGCCUCUCUUGAGCGAGACCUUCAGGAGAGUAAAGAGAAGGAGAGCGUCGUGGCGUCACUGGAGAAAUGCCUCCAAGAGGGUAAAGAGAGAGAGAAGAGCCUGGUUGAGGAGGGUUCAAAGAGGGAGGCUCAGUUCAAAGAGCUGCUCAGGAGUCUGGAAACGGAGAAGGACAACCUGGAGGAGCGUCUGAUGAACCAGCUGGCUCAGCUCAACGGCAGCAUCGCCGGCUACCAGCAAGAGGCGGCGGACCACCGGGAGCACCUCGCCGAGCUGCAGCGGGACGUGGAGAGGUUGGAGAGAGAGCGAGCCGAGCUGGAGACCGAGGCUCGGAGCGAGAGCGACCGGGCCGCCAGGCUGGAGGAGGACAUGAGGCAAGCCCAGAGAGAGAGAGCCGAAGCCGAAGCGGAGUCCGGGAAGCAGAGGGAGCUGGAGCAGCAGCUGAGGUCGGCGCAGAGGGUCAGAGAGGGGAGUCAGAGCAGAGCGCGUCAGCUGGAGGAGCUGCUGAGGGAGAAGCAGCUGGAGGUGCGUCAGCUGCAGAAGGACUGCAUCAAGUACCAGGAGAGGAUCAGCGAGCUGGCGAGGGAAGGUAAAGCGCUUCAGAUAAGCCACGACGAGCUCCACAGCAAGCUAGAACAAUCCCAACUGGAGACUUCUAAAACCGUAGAAGAGCUGAAAAGGACUGAAGCAGAGUUGGCCGGCUGCAAAACUCAGCUGGAUGACGCCCAGAAGCAGGCAAGCGAGGCUUUAGCUGAGAAAACCGCCAUCGAGCAGAACGCCAAAAAGAGAGAGGCCUCGAUGAAAGCGGAGGCAGAGCAAACACUCGACUCUGUGAGAUUCAGGCUCGGGGCCGAGCUGAAGGAGAUUGAGCUGAGACUGGAGGCGGUGGACAGAGAGAGGGACAAGGAGGAGGAAGCCACUCUGGAGGCCAGAGAGAUGGCAGACGCAGCAGACAGACGGGCCCAGGAGAUGCAAGCUCGUCUGGACGAGUCUCUCGCCAGGCUAGCUGCCUUCUCGCGCUGCAUGUCCUCACUGCAGGACGACCGGGACAGAGUUCUGGAUGAGACCCGACAGUGGGAGACUCGCUUUAAUGAAGCUCUGCAGGGUAAGGAGGCUGAAGUUCGGGAGGCUGAAACAAGAGCUAAAGAGCUGGCAGAGCAGCUUCAGAGAGAAUCUGCGCUGAAAGAGGAACUUCUGCUUUCAGUGGACAGACUAGAGAAAGCAGAUAAAGAUUUGCAGCUGAAGCUGGAAGAGGAGGUAAAGAAAGUCACAGAGAUCCAAGCUGCCCUAGAGGAGGAGAGGAGCAAGCUUCAGCAGACUACGACUGAGCUGCAGGCUUCACAAAGUGAAGCCCGCGCCCUGAAAAACGAGGUGGAGAGUCUCAAUCAGAGGACCAGAGCUCUGGAGGAGGCUGUCGGUCGGCUGCAGGGUGAAGCGGACCAGGCCAGGACGGAGCUGAGGGAGCGGGAGGCAGAAGAGAGGCGGCUGUGUCUGAACGUGGAGCAGCUAGAGACGGACCUGAGGUCCUCUAAGACCCUGACAGAGAGACUGCAGACGGAGUUACAUGAGAAAGAAAGGAGGGAGGUGGAGAUGCUGGUGGAGAAGGAGCAAGCUGUCGCUCAGGCUGCAGAGGAGGCGAGAAAGGAGGCCGACAGCCGGGCGCAAGGAGCCGAGGAGGAGCUGGAGCAGAGAAGAGGGGAAGUGCGGGAUCUGGAAGAAAAGCUGCGAAAGGCUGAGGAGGAGAGUAACAACAGGAAAACCCGACUGGACUCAUUCAUGAAGGCCAUGGGCUCUUUGCAGGACGACAGAGACCGAGUCCUCAACAUGUACAAACAACUGGAGGAGAAACACCUGCAGGUGAUGUUGGAGAAGGACGGUCUGAUCCAAGAGGCGGCUGGGGAGAACAACAGCCUGAAAGAAGAGCUACGCUCUCUGCUGGUCCAGAGAGACGACCUGUACGCUGAAAAGGCCCAGCUGUCCGCUCAGCUUCACGGGUACCGUGAUGAACUCAACCAAGUCCUGAGCAUGAAGGACUCCCAACACAAGCAGCUCCUGGCAGCUCAGCGAGAGCGUAUUGCCUCUCUGGAGAAGGAACGAGAGGAAUUGGAAAGUCAGUUAAAGAGCGUUAGCGCAGCCAGAGAAGAAGAAGUAGUUAAAGUGGAAAGGGAGACUCUUAGCCAGGCUGUUGACGUCAGGACAGCGUCGCAGGUGAUGGAUGCUCCCGGUGCAGAGGUCGAGAAACUGAGGGAGCAGCUGCAAGCGGCGAAGGAACAAGUGGAGGCGUUGGAGGAGCGCCUACAAAAGGAGAGACAAGAGUGGGAGAACAAGCGCAAAGAGCUCGCCGAGCUGCGAUGGGAGGGAGGCGUGAUGCGGACCGAGUCGGAGACGGCUCAGGAGAGGGUGGCGGAGCUGGCCAGAGACCUGCUGACUGUCGAGCAGAGUCUGCUGGAGGAGAAAGAGGUGGCGACGCGGCUGAAAGCAGAGAACCAGUCGUUCUCAAAAGCCAUGGCGUCCCUCCAGGACAGCAGGGACCAGGCGGUGAACAAGGUCGAGGAGCUGAGCCUAAAGCUGGAAGAGAUGAGUAAGACAGGUGGCCUCGCAGCACACAGCAGCCCUGGAGGAACCACUGGAGAAGUGUGGGGGCUGAAGAACGCACUACAAGCUCUGCAGAAUGACCGGGAGAGACUGCUGGAGCAGCUUCAAAUGCAGUCGUCUGAGCUCAAGAAGCAGCAGUCGGAGCUGGCUCGACUGGGAGCAGGAGAGCUGAUUAAAGUCAGCCAGGAGCUGUUUGAGGAGAAGAGGAGGAGCGAAGACAUGCUUGGUGACAUCAUGAAGCUAGAGAAUGUGGUGGAAAUGGGCUCGCAGGAUAUAGAAACUCUCAGACUGGAGCGUAUUGACUGGAUGGCUCAAGCAGAGCAGCUGAAGCAGCAGACCCUCGCCACGCUCUCAGAGAGGGACCAUCACCUGCGGCAACUCACCGCCAUGCUGGAGGAAGCCCGCGCUCAGAAGCCCAAACUUCAGCAGGAACACUAUCAGAGAGAGAACACAGAGGAAGUGGACAGUGCACCUGGAGCUCCACAGGAGCGAAGCAGCGUGGUGGACAGCCACGCCUACAUAGCUGAGGUCAAAGAGCUGCAGAGAAGGCUGGAUGAUGAGAUGCAGCAGAGGGUGGCUGCUGAGGAGCAGCUAAUGGCCACGCAGGAUCGACUCAAACGUCACAGCCAGACUAAAUGGCCCUCUGCAGAAGAAGAGGAUCAGUCAGAGACGGCUGUUUUCAUCGAGCCGGAAGGAACCGUCACUCGAACUCGGAGAGGUGGCCCGGGUUUGAUGCGGAUGCUCCGAGUGGCUUUCUGCUCCCGUCAGCGUACCCCUCUGCUGUUCAGCCUCUAUCUGCUCACUGUGCACGUCCUGCUGCUGCUGUGUCUGAGCGGGUACCUCUGAAACCAGCCCGCUUUAAAACAAAACCUGACAGAUAAUAAGAGAGAGAGAGAGGGGAGGGGAAAGAAUAUGGAAACGUGACACAGACCUAACCCAAGCCAUCCACAUGUUUUAUAUUGUUACAUGUAAUGAGUUAUAGAAGGGUGUGAAGGAUGACCUACACACAAACAUUGCACUUUACAGGACCUAAUCUUUUAGCCAAAGUAUGUAGAUUUAUAGAAGAAGUUGUUGUCAUUAGUUUUAACCAUGUUGCUCUUGAAUGACAUUGAGGGAAACCCAAGCAGAGAGGACAUCAAAAUCUAUGAUUUUAGAGAGAAAAAAAUAAGUAGAUUCAUAAUAACUGUUGGCAGAUGGUGUUCUUCACGUGCCUUUAGAUUUGGAUAUAAAAGGGUCACUUUACGUUGGAGCGAAAGUCUGACAUUUUGGGGACUAGUUUAUCUGUGACGCAACAGCUGGCAGACAGUAAGCUGUCAGUUGGUAACAAAAUCCACACAAAAGCAACUGUAAAGCUCACUUUUAAACAGGUUAUAUCUUGUUUGUUUAAUUCAUACAGAAACCAAAGUAAAAAGUCGCUAUCUGUUAUUCGGCUAGCUGUUUCCACCUGUUUCCACUCUUUAUGCUAAGCUAACCGUCUGCUGUAUGUAGCCUAACAGACAGAUACAAGAGUGAUAUCAACCAUGUCAUCUAACUCGUAAAGCGUAUAUUUCCCAAAAUGUCAAACUAUUAUUUUAAGAUGGCUUGAGGUUCAGGGCAUGCUGUUACAGUCCAGUCUCUUCCUCUUCUACUCAUUUUCAUGCACAAAAUCGGAGCACAGUGCAAUUUCUGUUCUUACACAUUCCUAUUGUGUGUUUCCUUUCUUUUCCUUUUCCUCUUAUAUAAAUCACAUUUAAAAAUGGAGCAUUAUAUUAAUAAUUGUACAUAUGUACAUGUAUUAUGUACGUCAGCUGGAUGUGGGUUUCCCCCUCUUACAUAUCCAAAUAAGAUUCCCCGUCCACGCUUCUGUUGCAUAGAUUUUACAGUUUGCUCUGUAGUUUUUAUGGCAGAUGAAGCUGCCAUUCAGGUGCAAUGUUACCACAGUGUGGAUUAAUUCCAGAGGAGAAAGACUGCUGUGUUUUCUAAUGAUAUCCAUCCCAUCAUAGACUACUCUGAUGUAGCAUAAUUUAUUGCCCAUAACAGUUAAAAAUGAUCCACCAUCUACAUGUAUAUCGACACCAUCCUCUUGAUUCUUGUUUAUUUAAUGGCUCACUGUUGGUGAAAAUGAUCCUUCUGUACUCAUCCUCUUUUAAUAUUCAUGUUCUUCUUCACAUCUUACACACACUGAACUAUACUUUAACUGUAAAUAACUGUUAAAAAGGGCUGUAUAGAAAACUAAAAUGUAAUAAAAGUGUUGGUGGUUUAGAUCAGGGACAGAUCUAGUCAAGCAUUAAUUAUUUACUCAUUUCCGUUUCUGUAGAAAAAAACAGACAUUGGGGAAGUAGGACUUCUGUUUACUGUUUAUUUGGGCUCAGUUAAUUUUAAUUUAGCACAUUAAAACACUAUUUGUCCUUUUAUUUGUGAAGUUAAUAAAAAAUGGGUAUCAUCAAUCAAA